AUGCCGAUUACUUGGAACGACCAGAACGACGCCAAGCUGCUCGUCAGCAUUCUCUCCACCACAACCAUGAAACCCGAUUACAAGGCCAUCGCAAAAUGCAUGGGACCUGAAUGCACCGUCAGCGCCGUGCAGCACCGCAUCCAGCGUCUCAAGGAAAGGGUGCAGAUCAAUAAACCCGACGCCGACGAUGGUGCCGCUUCUCCUUCUCCCUCCACCCCCAAGAAGAGGGGUCGUCCUGCGGGGUCCGGGAAGAAAGGUGGCAAGAAGGCACAGGCGAAGGAAAAAGAACAGGAGCAGGAGCAGGGUGAGCAGGAUGAUGAGGAUAUGGGUAGUCCUGAGAAGAAGGCCAAGGUUAAGGAUGAGGAUGGCGUCGACAAGAUGCUUCGUGUUGUUGUUUAG